GCUUAAACUUCCCGCGAAGAUAGAAGUUUCUUUACGAUGAAAACAUGCAUACUAACCAUGCUAACAGAGUUACAACAGAGUUUUUUGAUUAAUUUAUCUCUUUUCACGCCAGCUACUUAGCUUCAUGGAGUCAUACAGUAUACAUUAUUGCAUUAGGAUGAGAGAAUAGAUCAAAACUACACCUAUAAAGACUUGCAUAAUGUACGUGUACACUACAGCAAAAUAAGUGACUUGGUUUUGAGCUGAAAGAAAGAUGAGUGCUAAACAAAUGAUAGCAGUCCUCCAGGAACUGGGAUAUCCCAAGGCCAGUAAGCUGGAUCCCAAAGGUCUGGAAUGGAUGUUUGAAAAUGAGGCCAUGCUGCCAUUUUUGGAAUGGUUCUGUAACAGUGUGAGCACUGCUAAUCUCCUCUCCAAAGCUGAAGUUGAACAAUUUCAUUCAUUUGAGAAUUCAGAGGAGGGUAUUUUGGAAGGAGAACAGUUAGAACUUGCUUUGAAAAACAUGAAAGUUUCUCAGGAUGAACAUGUUUCUGAGGCCCAGUUAGAACAAGAAAUUGAGCAGUUGACAGAUAGUUUGGAGAGAAGUCAAAAACGAAAGCAAAGCCUUAUUCAAAAAAGGAACAAGUUGAGUCUCCACCACACUUCACUGAGUCAUACACAGUCUAAACUGUCCCAAACAGAGACCAGAGUAAGAGCUCAGUAUAAACGAAGUCUCGAUCAAAACCAGACAGAUAAUGCAAAGAUUAACACUAGUUUGGAGCAGUUAGUUGAGACAGUUGGUCAGCUGAGUGAAAUUUAUGAGCUGCCUGUUCAGGAAAAAGCAGAGGAAGCUAUGCCAAUGUUUUUAUCUCAGCUCUCCUUGGACGAAUAUCACCAGAAAGAGGAGAGAUUUUCUCAGGAGUUGUCUCACUUUACAAAGAAGAAAUUUUUUGAGGGUAUAGCAGAUGUGGCAGGCCAGAGUGAAGGAUCUCGUUAUGAAAUAUUAGAAAUUAAUGACCCCAGUAUUUCAUUAAUUAAAGGGGGAGGCCAGGAAGUCAAUAUAAGCCAAUGUAAAGAAUUGUCCAGAAUACAAAAAAGUUUUCCUGCUGCUAAACUAAAACACAUAGAAGCAAAGUUAGCAAGUACCCAAGCUGACCGUCGUUUAGAAACUGCAGAGGAUAUACUGAAGUUAAUUCAAGCUGGAGAGUUUGCCAAGGACCAUAACUCUAUCAAUGAACGUUUAAGUGACACAGACUCCUCUCUACAAAUGGUGGUAAGGGACCUAGAAAUUUUGUCCCAAGAUGAGAUCCCAGGAUUAAUUCAGGAGAGCCUAAGUUCCCAAGUCUCCCACAUUCUAACAGGGGAUUACAAUCUCAAGCUUGCCAGGCAGGAUUACUUCAUUUCAAACCAGGACCAGGUUAUACAUCCUUUAGUUCAACAAAGAGCAAGGAACGAAUUCCUUACGAUGGCCUUUGAGCUUGAGAACCGUAACCAUAGAGACAUCCAUCGGCUCCUUGUGGCGGUCAAGCAGCUUCUACAGAAUCAUUUAAAAGAUUGGCAUGCUAGAAUGAAAAUGAUGGAUGAUCCUAUGUUGACUCCAGCUAAAUACAAAAGAAGUACCAUUGACUCCCGGGAUGGCUUUGCUAAGAGACUUCACAAUGUGCUAGAGGUAGACAAUGCUCAGCAGUUAUUCCUUACUUAUUCAAGUCUGGAGGAGGGAGCUGAUAGGUUGAAACAAGUGUACUCUAUGAGCUGUAACCAGGCAGAGACGGCACUUAGCAACAAGGAGGAAAUACUGGAGGCUUUAGAACAAAAUAUGCACGGCUGUGAAGAAAUGAUCUACUCUGGGUCUAGUACCACGCACGGUCAACCAUCCCUGACACCACCUCAGCUUCAGUCAGCCAUGACACAGUUAGAGGGAAUGCUGGGAAGGCUGGAACAUAGCAUCAAGGAUAUUGUCAGAAAUCUAGAGCAGAAAAAACAGACUUUGAAGAGUGACCCAUUGUUAUACAAAGAAAGAAAGCUCUAUGUCUACUUCUUCACCAACCCAGCUUGUUUAAGACAGCUAUUUGAUGAAAUGUCAUCCCGAUUGCAGGCCCAGAAAAUGUAAAUCAUCGUCAAAUUUAUUUCCUGAUUUCUGCUCUCUAGCAUGAUUUGAAUCACAUUGUUGAGAAGGAGCUAUUUUUUUGUUCAAAGGAGAAUAGCUUAUGGUGACUGAUUACUCUUGAUUUGAGUAUUUAUUCAUUGGAUCUGAUUAUUUUUUUAAUUGUUGUUAUAGAAAUUAAAUAAAGUAUUUCUUCACCUUAGCUGAUCGCUCAAUAUUUGUUAGAGUUU